AUGCUUUUCUACAAAUGGGCCUCACAGGCCCUCAUUCCGUGUCUCUUCAACCUCGUAGCCGCCUCUCCGCCUCAAGGCCCCAUCCACAUCUCUUCCAACAAGUUUUUCGAUGAAAACGGGUCCCAGUUCUUUAUCAAAGGCAUAGCAUACCAACGGCAAAUUCCAGGGUACGAACACGAGCCGUUUCUGGAAAUCCCCAAGGGAUACAUUGACCUGCUUGCCCAUCCUUCCAAGUGUCUUCCCGACGUGGAGCUCCUCAAGGAACUCAAUGUUAAUACCGUUCGUGUUUACCAGGUGGACCCAGACCAGGACCACGAGAUAUGUAUGCAUGCUUUGGCGAAAAACGGCAUCUACGUUUUGGUGGAUCUUCUGGAGCCCAAGCACUCCAUCAAUAGGGAAGACCCUUCGUGGCACACCGAGCUUCUUGGUCACUUUCGCCAGGUGGUCGACAAUAUGAGUAAAUAUGAGAAUGUGCUUGGAUUCAUUGCGGGAAACGAGGUGGUGACUUCUGUCCAAGACGCCCUGGCAGCAGCGUUUGUAAAGGCUGCCAUCCGCGACACCAAGGCCUACCAGAAACAAAAAGGGUACCGCCAAAUACCCAUUGGAUACACUGCCAACGACGAUACAGAAACACGAGAAAACAGCUUACGGUAUUUUCAAUGUGGAAACACCACGGCGGAUUUCUACGGCAUCAAUAUGUUUGAAUGGUGUGGAAUUCGCGGUUCUGGCGGUGCCGGUGUUCCUCAGCGAGUUUGGGUGCAACCUGGUGAGACCCGGCCGUUUACGGACACAGACUCGUUGUACGGCCCGGAGAUGACCGGGGUGUGGCUGGGAGGCGUCGCCUACGAGUUUUUCGAAAACGAAAACCAUUUUGGCGUGGUGCACGAGUCCCAGGGCCGGUUGCAAAAACUGGCAGAAUUCGAUACCCUCCGGCUCAGGUUCACUGCCGCGCGGCCCAAGGCAACAGAAAGUAGGGCGAAAAAAUUCGCCCCGGCCUGCCCCGACUGGCCCGCACUGGCCCAGCUCCCACCACAGCCAGACCCGGAGAUUUGCGGGUGUUUGCGCCUGGCGGUCACGUGUGUGCCGACGACGGGCCCCGGCGACUACGAAAGUUUCGAAUUGUCUUCACAAAACAGGGAAUUGUUGGCGCUGGUGUGUGAAAACAUCGACUGCUCGGAGAUCGAGGCAGACGGUGCCAGGGGAGUCUACGGCAGAUUUAGUGGGUGCGCGCCCCAGGACCGUUUAGCCUGGGCUCUCACGGCAGAAGGGUCUUGUGAUUCGAAAAUGGCCAAAUCGAAGGAGAGAGAAGAGGGUUCUUGUGGACUGGAUUUUUGGAAAAGUUUGAAAAAGACCGCCUCUCCAAACUCGGCCUCUCCAAACUCGGCAUCUCCAGAAUCGUCUCUGGUGCUGACUCUGUCGCUGUCGAUUGUAGAGCCCAUGAGUACGAUUUCGCAGCCACUGAACUAUGCCAUUCCUAGGAACAACAGCAUCGUGGAGUACCAUUUGAACCGGGCCGGUCGGGCUGAUCCCCACGAUUUGGGGAAUCUUCUUAUGUUUGGCCGUUGGCUUCAGCUCAUGAUGGCGAUCUUUUACAUGGGCUGGCGGGUCUAG